CUUCAAAGCACCACAACUACGCUCUCGAAUUGCUCCCCAUUCAGACCCCUCCUCAAGGACCUUCCCAAAGCUCAGCAGUGGUUGCCUAAAGCUUUUUGCGCCUACAAAUACUUCUCCACGCCCACAAUCCUCUACAUUCCACGUCUCAUCAAAAGUCAACACCAUGUCAACUUCGAAUCUGGUGAACGCUCAUUUCGAUGACAGCGAGGAUGAGGACGAUAAUUUCAAUCCGGCGCCUGCUGAUAUCUCGGACAACGAAGAUGCCGGCGGAUCAGAUCACGACGACGAUGCUGGCGCGCAGAUUCGAAAUGAGGCAGCCAAGAGACGAGUAGAUGAUGAAUCAGACGAUGAGAUGAGCAACUCUAAGAGUAGACUUGUGGAAGAAGAUGGCGAUGAAGAUGAUGAAGAUGCGGAAGGAGAGGGAGAGGAUACCGCGCCAGGCGCACAUGACGAUGAUGACGAGGAGGAUGAGGAUGAUGAGGAGGAAGAGAUCACAGGUCAUCGCAGAAAGCGGAGACGUGAACGCCGAAAUCAGUUCCUCGAUGUCGAAGCCGAAGUCGACGAGGACGAAGACGAGAAUGACGAUGAUGAGGAUGAGCUCAAUGAGAUCAAGGACAAUUUCAUUGCUGAUACGCAUCCCGAUGAUCUGGCAGAUUUGCCAGAAGGUGGAGAGAGAGAUGAUAGGCGGCACAGAGAAUUGGAUAGGAGACGUGAGAUGGAGGCAAGUUUGGAUGCCGAGAAACAAGCAGAGAUUCUGCGACAAAGAUAUGCUCCCAAGAGUCGGAUGGGUAGAGCUAUGGGAGACUCUGCGGUGGUCCCAAAGCGACUUCUCCUUCCCUCAGUCGAUGAUCCAAGUAUUUGGGCUGUGAGGUGUAAGGAAGGAAAAGAGAGAGAGGUUGUUUUCUCGAUCAUGAAGCGAAUUGAGGAGAGAAUGGGCACUAAAGAAGAGGUUGCAAUUACUUCUGCUUUUGAGCGAGGAGGCACGACAUCUACCAUGAAGGGAUUCGUCUAUGUGGAAGCACAACGACAAGCCGAUGUUAUGGCUGCUUUGGAUGGCAUGAUGAAUGUUUACCCACGAACCAAGUGCUUGUUAGUCGAGAUCAAGGAGAUGCCGGAUCUUUUGAGAGUCACAAAGACACCGUCUCUGGAGCCUGGAGCCUAUGUCCGACUGAAGCGACCACCGAAAUAUGCAGGCGAUCUUGCACAGGUUAUUGACGUUGCCGACAGUGGAUUGGAAGUCAGAGUCAGAUAUGUGCCUCGGCUGGAUUAUGGUCUACACGACGAUGCGAAUGCUCCUCAAGAUGCUUUUGGUGCAAAGAGAAAGCGAGCAACGGCCGGCCCGAGACCUCCUCAACGGCUCUUCAGCGAAGUGGAAGCAAAGAAGCGACACGCCAAAUACCUACAGGGACGUUCAGAUACGAAGGUAUGGAAUUACAUGGGUGAUGACUAUGUGAAUGGUUUCAUGGAGAAGGAGGUCAAGAUUCAACAGUUGGCCACAAAAGAUGUCAAUCCAACAUUAGAAGAAGUGACUAGAUUUGCUUCUGGUGCUGAAGAUGGCACCGAGAAUCUGGAUCUUAACGCUCUCGCGGCUAGUCUCAAAGCCAGCACCGCAAAUGCAUCGUACCUCCCAGGAGACAUCAUUGAGGUCUACGAAGGCGAGCAAAAGGGUGUUAUGGGUAAAGCUGUAUCGGUCCAAGGCGACAUUGUUACCAUGGCCGUUUCUGAGGGUGACCUUCGCGGACAAACCAUCGAAGUUCCUGUGAAGGGUCUUCGAAAGCGAUUCAAGGAGGGUGACCACGUCAAAGUCAUUGGUGGUAGCAGAUUCCGAGACGAAGUGGGCAUGGUUGUCAAGAUUUCUGAUGACCGAGUUACUCUCUUGACCGAUCAAGGCAAUACCGAAGUCACAGUAUUCAGCAAAGAUUUGCGAGAGGCCAGCGAUUCAGGUGGCAGUGGAUCUUUGGGACAAUAUGAGUUGUGGGACCUGGUUCAAUUGGACCCUUCGACUGUUGCUUGCGUUGUGAAGGUUGAUCGAGAAUCACUGGUUGUGCUUGACCAGAACAGCCAAACUCGAACGGUCUUGCCAUCGCAAAUCUCAAACAAGCUGGAGAAGCGAAAACAUGCCGUUGCAACUGACAAGAACGGAUCCGAGAUUAGACUCGACGAUGUUGUCAAGGAGCAAGGGGGUGAGAGCAGAUCUGGCAAGAUCAUUCACAUUCACAGAGCAUAUCUAUUCUUGCGAAAUGCUGCUCAAAGCGAAAAUGCUGGUGUUUUUGUUACCCGAACUACGACGGUAGCAACUGUAUCUGCCAAAGGCGGUCGUUUGGUCACAGCUACAGGACCUGAUCUCAACUCAAUGAACCCGGCGAUGAAGCGAAAUACUGGAACAAAUGGCGAUAUGGCCCCACCAAAAACUUUUGGUAGGGACCGCUCCAUUGGUCAAACUGUCACUAUCCGAAAGGGUCCUUACAAGGGCUUGCUCGGUAUUGUCAAGGAGACUACAGAUACAAAUGCUCGUGUUGAAUUACAUACGAAGAGCAAGACCGUCAACGUGCCAAAGGAUGCUCUAGGAUUCAAGGAUCGUCUUACUGGACAGAGUAUUGACCCGCUAUCGAGAGGUGGCCAUGGUGGGUCCAGAGGUGGUUCAUAUACUCCUCGUGGUGGGCGUGGAGGUUUGGGAAGUGCUACUCCCGGUGGAUGGGAUGGAGGCCGUACUCCAAUGCCAGCUAGUGGAACCGAGAGGACUCCGGCAUGGGGUACUUCAAGAACACCUGCUGCUGGAGCAAAUGGUGGCCGUACACCUGCUUGGAAAGCAUCUGGUGAUGGUGGAAGAACCCCAGGAUGGGCAGCAGAUGGUUCACGCACUGUUAAUCCUUACGAUGGUAGCCGAACAGCCUACGGAGCCGGAAACCGAACACCUGCCUGGUCAUCAGGAGCCAAGACUCCCGCUUAUGGUCUUCAACAACAACAAGAUGGUUUCAACGCAGGCUCAAAGACUCCUGGCUAUACUGGCAGUGGAGAUGCCUGGGGCUCUGGAGCAAAGACACCAGCCUACCAACCACAAGCCGCCUCUAACGACAACUGGAACGCUCCCCCACCAGCCAACAAUUGGGGAUCAAAUGCAUACGAUGCACCAACCCCAGGCGCUCACAUGUCUGCUCCCACACCGGCUGCAAUGAACGCCCCAACCCCAGGAGCCUACUCUGCACCCACGCCAGCACCAUACAACGCGCCUACCCCCGCCGCGGCCCCAACUCCAGCUCCAGGAUGGGGAGGCGGAUGGGGAGCCCCUACUCCGCAAGCAAUGGAUGCCCCGACACCUGGUGCGCAGCAAUACUAUGCAGCACCAACCCCUGGCGCAUACGGUAUGCCCGAAACUCCAGCUGCGAAUUGGCAAGAUGACGGACCGAGGUAUGUGGACUGAAGAGGGAUGGAUAUGGUUGGAGGUUUAAUUUCUUUCUUUCUUUCUACUUUGUCUUAAAACGGAAUCAAAGGAGAGAAAGAAAAAGUGGCUUGUAAGUAAGGUAUUUAGAUUUCGCAUGGAUGGCGUUUAGCAAGCAAGCAAGCAAUUUCAAUGAAGAAGCAAU